AUGAAUGUGAAUGUUCAUUACUUCGCAGACGAGCUACCGAGAGGAGAAACGUUUGACGACUCCUCUCUUUCCUUCUUCACUCCGAGCAAGAAGCACAGGGCCAUUGAGCGAAGCGUCAUCGAAGAGAAAUACAGCGGUCCUCUCGAUCUCUCAGUCGAGAAUCCAUUUCACUGCAGAGGAGCUCCAGAAUACAUCUCAGAGCAGGAGUACAGAGCUCAAACGCUACACAAUACUCAGAAAGCAGAAAACGCCCUCUUGGAUUAUUAUGAGAGAGAAGGAUUAGAAAACGUUGGGCAUCUCCUAUCCCCUCAAGCUCGGAAGCACAUCACUGAAUGCUUGGCGAGGAGGGCUGGAGGAAGUAUGAAAGUUCCUCAAGACGACAGCGAUGAAAGUCUGUGA